AGCUUUUCCCUUUUGUGCACAUUUCUGUUCCUAACUCAAAGUGGUUUGUAAUAAACAGGACUGCAUCACAACCUCUAUGGUCAGAUAUGGCUACCACCAGUCCUCUUUAUUUGUAUGAAUAUACAUUUUACAGUUUGCAUGGACCAGUUACUGAUGAACCAAACACCUCUCCCUUAUACAGCUAUGAUGACUACUACAGUGUAGUUCUUGAUCCAUCUGUGUUAUCCUGUGAUUAUGGAGGUCAUGCAUCCAACAUCCUACCUGUGUUAUACUCUCUGUUCUUCAUGUUGGGUCUGCUGGAUAACCUGCUGGUGUUAUGGGUGAUGUUGAAGGGUGUAAAGCUGAAAAGCAUGACUGACAUCUGUCUCCUGAACCUGGCUUUAGCAAAUCUGCUGCUGGUCUUCUCUCUCCCGUUCCUGGCUCACUAUGCCAGAGAUCAGUGGGUCUUUGGAGGUCCUAUGUGCACCAUGGUUUUAGGCGUCUAUCACAUUGGAUUCUACAGUGGAAUUUUCUUUGUUGUACUGAUGAGUGUUGACAGAUAUUUAGCUGUGGUUCACACUGUAUCCUCUUUGAGAGUCAGAACAAAGACAUAUGGGAUUAUAGCCAAUGUGCUUAUCUGGAUCAUUGCUGUUGCAGCGUCGUUUCCUGAGCUUAUGUACCUAAAAACCAAUGAACACAAUAAUAAAACAUAUUGUCUGUCUUAUCCAACAGAUGAUCAGAAAUCUCAUCUUUAUGCAAAGACGGUUGGUAUUAUUAAGAUGAAUGUUUUAGGAUUAAUUAUUCCACUGUGUAUAACUGGAUUUUGUUACUCAAGAAUUCUUCACAGACUCUUAACCGUUCGCUUUUCCAGGAAACAGACCACGAGACUUGUCGUUGUAGUGAUGGUUGUCUUCUUCUGCUGUUGGGCUCCAUAUAAUAUUGCAGCUUUUGUGAAAGUAUUGGAGUUUAAUGAAGUCAUAGAGACAUCCUGUGAAAAAAGCAAAGCAAUCACUCUUAGUCUUCAGAUCACAGAAGCUCUGGCUUACUCACACAGCGGCUUGAAUCCCAUUCUCUAUGUGUUUGUAGGAGAGAAAUUUAGGCGGCACCUUUUCAGACUCAUGAAAAGUUGCCUUACACAGGCUACAGGAUCUGUUAAUUCACAGACUCCCAGUGUGGAUGACAAACCUGCUGCAGCAGCUUGAAUAAAUCCUAAAAUACAUCAAAAAAUGUGAUAAAGUGCAAUUAUGAAAAAUGAAUGAGUUUUAAGUUGACUGUUGUGUAUUAGAAAUGUAAAAGUAUCUAUGCACCCAGUCUGCUAGUUUUGGGGGAAUUUGACGUGCAAUUUAUUCAAAGGAUAUUUCACAUUUGAUUGAAUUGACAAUAGUGAAUUCUUAUAUUCGUUAGUAAAG